AUGAGGACCCGGAGGCUGAAUAUGAUCCUCCCGCAGCACCUGCUGUGCGCUUGCGGCCGGCAGCUGGGCCUUGGGCACCUGUGCCUGCAACCCAGAAAACCAGGUCUGCUGCUGCUGCUGCUGCUGCUGCUGCUGCUGCUGCUGCUGCUGCUGGUGAUGCUGGUGAUGCUGGUGAUGCUGGUGAUGCUGUUGGUGCCGCUGCUGCUGUUGCUGCUGCUGCUGCUGCUGCUGCUGCUGCUGCUGCUGCUGCUGGUGAUGCUGCUGGUGGUGGCCUUGUUGAUGGCGCAGCUGCAUUAUGGGUAG